ACACAGAACGGUUAAGUUGGAUACGUUAAAAAAGCUCCGCCGGAAAACAUACAAAACAAUAUCAAACACUAAUAAAAAUAAUAUUGUACACUUCCUUCUUUAAAGUACAAUAACAGUUACACAAAAAAAAAAAAAACAACAGUAACAGCAAGUGGAAAAAUAUAUACAAAAUCCUAACAAAAUAAAAUGAAAUCACGUAAUGUCCCAACAUAAAUUGCUAUACCAUUCAUGUAUAGAGAAGAUACAUACGACGAGUAUAUAAGAAUAUAUCGCUGAAAUAGUCAAGUCAUGGCAAAUAUUCAUAUAAAAACCCACAAAAUAUUAAAUAUACUCAAAUGAUGCAGCAUUUUAUUCUAAAAUACAUACAAUAAAUUUCUUUAGAGCAACACCAUCAAGGUGUAUUAAAUAAUAAUUUAAACCAAAUUAUAAAAAUAACAAAAAAAACACACAAAAGUAUAUUAUUUAAAAUAACAAAAGAAAUCAAUAAUAAAUAAAUAAAUUAAUUUAAUAAAAAAAUAAAGUAUGACGUGUUCGUGCAACUUAAACAAAACAUAAUCUUCCUAAAAAAAGAAAACAAAAUAAAAUCUAAAAUUAAGUGAAUUAAUAAAAUAAGAAAUUGUCAGAGCUUUAAAAAAAUAAUUAAAUAAAUGUGGUGAAUAAAAACAAAUCUCAAAAAGAUGUUAGAAACCCAUUGUAGUUUUGAUCUCAAAGUAAUUACGACGCCACUUUAAAAAGGCAAUGAAAUCGCGGAAGCUUCCCAAAGGCUUCGUGCUUUGUGGCUUAAAUUGCUUAACUUUUGUUUACUUUCCAUUGGUUUUACCGAUAGUGAUAUGUUCGGCCAACGAUUUCGACUAUCGUCUGCAGCGAGUGAAAAAUGUAUUAAAGGAAGUGCCAUUAAUAGACGGACACAACGAUUUACCCUGGAAUAUAAGAAAAUUCUUAAAAAAUCAAUUGAAAGAUUUUCAUUUUGGUGGAGAUUUAAGACAAAUACAACCAUGGGCGAACAGUGCCUGGAGUCACACAGACUUGAGGAGACUCAAAGAGGGAAUGGUGUCAGCUCAGUUUUGGUCAGCAUAUGCCCCCUGUUCGUCUCAACAUCUGGAUGCUGUACAGUUAACGUUAGAACAAAUAGAUCUAAUACGACGUUUAGUCAAUCUAUAUCCGCAUCAUAUGUCUCUUGUAACAACUGCCUCAGGUAUCGAAAAAUCUCACAAAAGUGGCAAAAUAGCCAGUUUAAUUGGAGUAGAAGGCGGUCAUGCAAUUGGCACAAGUUUAAGUGUACUUCGAAUGUUUUAUCAACUCGGUGCUCGCUAUUUGACUUUAACACAUACCUGCAAUACACCUUGGGCGGACUGUUGCAAAGUUGACGAACCUGGCAAAUAUCCCCAUAUUGGUGGUUUAUCAAAAUUUGGAAAGCUGGUCGUACAAGAAAUGAAUCGUUUGGGCAUGAUUGUUGACUUGUCACAUGUUUCAGUGCCCACAAUGUUGGAUGCUUUGGGUUCUUCAAAAGCACCCGUUAUAUUCUCACAUUCUUCCGCACAUGCCAUAUGCAACAGUUCGCGUAAUGUACCCGACCAUGUCUUGCAAAGAAUUGCUAUAAAUGGUGGCUUAGUAAUGGUUGCAUUCUAUCCGCAUUUUGUUAGUUGUUCUGGACAAGCAACACUACACGAUGUCGUUGCUCAUAUAAAUCACAUACGAGAAGUAGCAGGCGUGGAUCACGUGGGCAUAGGAGCCGGUUACGAUGGUGUAAAUCUUGUACCCAAAGGACUAGAGGAUGUUUCCAAGUAUCCUCAUCUUUUUGCUGCAUUACUAGAGUCUGAUAAAUGGUCUGAAGAGGAUAUUGCUAAGCUGGCAGGAAAAAAUUUAAUACGAGUAUUUAAAGAAGUUGAAGCGAUACGAGAUCAAAUGGAAUUAUUAAAAAUACCACCUGUUGAUCAGUCAAUUCCACCAGAAGAUAUUAUGGGCAGAUCAUAUUGUCGUUAUCAAGGACCAAGAACGUGAUUACAUACUUUUACAAUAUUACUAAAACAAAAACAUCAUAAUUAUCAUCAUUAUCAACAUUAUUAUCAUGUCUAUCGUCGUCAUCAUUAUCAUCAGCAGCAUCAUAAAUACUUGUCUUUUAUAUUAAAUAUUAAGGCCAUUGUAAUACUUUCAUAUCUUUGUAUUUAUAUUGAACAAAAAUAACAAGAAAAAAAAAACAAAAUUGUUAAUAUUUAUUUAUAUUGAAAAACAAAAAAUAAUUGGAAAAAUUAUAUA